CUAGUAUAUAAAGGCUGAAGAAGGCCCGACGCUCGGCAGAUAAAGCGAAAGCAGCGACGAGAAGUCAACGCGAGAGAGCACAGCUCAAUAAACUCAAAGCAAACUCGAGUGGAGUAGAUCUCCAUACGCCACAAGACUCAAACCAGACUUUUUGCACAGACGUUUUAUACAGAAGACAAUCAUCAAGAUGCCUGAGAACGCUGGACAGCCCAUGGUGGAGGAGGAUGUCGAGACCUUUGCCUUCCAGGCUGAGAUCGCUCAGCUGAUGUCUCUGAUCAUCAACACCUUCUAUUCCAACAAAGAGAUCUUCCUCAGAGAGCUCAUCUCCAACUCUUCAGAUGCAUUGGACAAGAUCAGAUACGAGAGCUUGACAGACCCAAGCAAACUCGACUCCUGCAAAGACCUGAAGAUUGAACUCAUCCCCGAUCUGAAAGAGCGCACACUCACGAUCAUCGACACCGGCAUCGGCAUGACCAAAGCCGACCUCAUCAACAACCUGGGCACCAUCGCUAAAUCCGGCACAAAGGCCUUCAUGGAGGCCCUGCAGGCGGGAGCGGACAUUUCUAUGAUCGGCCAGUUUGGCGUGGGUUUCUAUUCCGCCUACCUGGUGGCCGAGAAAGUCACGGUGAUCACCAAACACAACGAUGACGAGCAGUACAUCUGGGAAUCUGCAGCUGGUGGUUCCUUCACAGUGAGGCCAGACUAUGGCCCAUCUCUUGGUCGUGGCACCAAAGUCAUCCUCCACCUUAAAGAAGAUCAGUCUGAAUACGUUGAGGAGAAGCGCAUCAAGGAAGUUGUGAAGAAACACUCUCAGUUCAUCGGUUACCCCAUUACGCUCUUUGUUGAGAAACAGAGAGAGAAGGAGGUUGACCUUGAAGAAGGAGAAAAGGAGGAGGAGGUGGCGGCCGGCGAUGAGAAGGACAAACCCAAGAUUGAGGACCUGGGCGCUGAUGAAGAUGAAGACAGCAAAGAUGGACAGAACAAGAGGAAGAAGAAGGUCAAGGAAAAGUACAUUGAUGCCCAGGAGCUGAACAAGACCAAGCCCAUUUGGACCCGUAACCCUGAUGACAUCACCAAUGAAGAGUACGGCGAGUUCUACAAGAGUUUGAGCAAUGACUGGGAGGAUCACCUGGCGGUUAAGCACUUCUCAGUUGAGGGCCAGCUGGAGUUCCGCGCUCUAUUGUUUGUACCCAGAAGAGCCGCUUUUGACCUUUUCGAGAACAAGAAGAAGAGAAACAACAUUAAGUUGUAUGUGCGCAGGGUCUUUAUCAUGGACAACUGUGAGGAGCUCAUUCCAGAAUAUCUCAACUUCAUUAAGGGUGUUGUGGACUCUGAAGAUCUGCCGCUGAACAUCUCCAGAGAGAUGCUUCAACAGAGCAAGAUCCUGAAAGUCAUCCGCAAGAAUCUAGUCAAGAAGUGCCUUGAGCUCUUCACCGAACUCUCUGAGGACAAAGACAACUACAAGAAAUUCUACGAGCAGUUCUCCAAGAACAUCAAGCUUGGCAUCCAUGAAGACUCUCAGAACCGCAAAAAACUCUCAGAGCUGCUUCGCUACUACACAUCGGCUUCUGGAGACGAGAUGGUUUCCCUCAAGGACUACGUGUCUCGCAUGAAGGACAGCCAGAAGCACAUCUACUACAUUACUGGUGAGACCAAAGAUCAGGUAGCCAACUCUGCUUUUGUGGAGCGUCUGCGCAAAGCCGGUCUGGAGGUGAUCUACAUGAUCGAGCCCAUCGAUGAGUACUGCGUACAGCAGCUGAAGGAAUACGAUGGCAAAAACCUGGUAUCAGUGACCAAGGAGGGUCUGGAGUUGCCUGAGGAUGAGGAGGAGAAGAAGAAGCAGGAAGAGCUGAAGACCAAAUAUGAGAACUUGUGCAAGAUCAUGAAAGACAUUCUGGACAAAAAGAUUGAGAAGGUCACUGUGUCAAACCGUCUGGUGGCUUCACCUUGCUGCAUCGUCACAAGCACAUACGGCUGGACGGCCAACAUGGAGAGAAUCAUGAAGUCUCAGGCCUUGAGGGACAACUCCACCAUGGGCUACAUGACCGCUAAGAAGCACCUAGAGAUCAACCCCAUCCAUCCCAUCGUCGAGACCCUCAGAGAGAAAGCAGAGGCCGACAAGAACGACAAGGCCGUGAAAGACUUGGUGAUCCUGCUGUUCGAAACCGCCCUGCUCUCCUCUGGAUUCACCCUGGAAGACCCACAGACACAUGCUAACCGCAUCUACAGGAUGAUCAAACUUGGUCUUGGCAUUGAUGACGAUGACUCUGCCGUUGAAGACAUUACUCAACCCGCCGAAGAAGAUAUGCCAGUUCUGGAAGGUGACGACGACAGUUCUAGAAUGGAGGAAGUCGACUAAAAGAGUUUUAGUGUAAAUAUCGCUAAGUUGUUAAUGUAUUUAAUUUAUUGUUUUUGUAAAAACAAUCUCAGCAGCCCAAAGUGAACAUUAAACUAGCCAAAAAAUGUCUUGUAAUGCUUUUUUGUGUAGUACUGUACCAGAAAAUGGAAUUUUCUGAGCUUUUCUAAUACAAGCUGUUUUUAAUAAAUGGAAGUUUUUAAUAAAUGACAUAUGAUAAACAUAA